CGUAAGACGGUGCGUUGCCAGUUGUCAAAUUAUUACACAAAACUUAAAGACGAUUAUUUUGUAUCAAGGCAAACAUUAAGUUUUCAAUUUAAAAGAAUGAAUUAUAACGACGUUAAGCUGAUCGAACUGGUUAAGCACUGUCCAACCGUUUACGAUUCGAAAAUAGCUGAAUUUAAAAUACCACAUCGCAAAGAAGAGGCCUGGGAGAUUAUCAGCAAAGAGAUGGAAAUAACAGUUCUGGAAUGUAGAAACCGCUGGCGAACGAUACGAGAACGAUAUGCCCGAGAGCUUCGACGUCACGAUAUGAAUUCGACUUGGCCAUACUUCCAUUUGAUGGAAUUUCUGACACCUUUCAUCAAACCGAGAGAGAUUCGAAUCAAACUGGCUGGCUCCAACAUUAAAAAUGAGUACGAUGACCGAUCUAAAUCUUACCAAAAUACCUCACUACAUACCGACACAACAGUCACGGGCAACAAAUUAGUUUCCGAAGAGAGUGCAGCAUCAGCAAACGCUUUCGUCGAGAUCGAAGAGGUUUACUAUGACGACUCAAACGAUCGCUCCAACGACAUUGAUCAAAAUGAAGACAUUAAUCGGAAGAAAUUGAAACGAAAAUGUUCCAGUGACGAAAUGCAUCAGGAAGACGUGUUGACACAAACGACCAAUCAUUCGCAAUCGAUCGAAGAUAAAUUAUUUUGCAGUUCCGUUGCAUGCACACUGAAUAAACUGUCUCGUGUUCAUAAUAUCAAAGCGAAGUGCGAAAUUUAUAAGGUGCUGGAAAAGUAUAUUGAACUGGAGGAGAGAUAGCAGUAAAUAGAAGAUCAAAAGUUAAACAGCGUCAAUGUUGAAUAAGAACUCUUUUUGAAUUUUCAUUGUUGUUGCUUCUUGACUAUCGGAAGAAAUGUGUACUCUUGUAUGUGUUUGUUAGUAUUGAGUCUGUUUAACAAUAGUCAUCUAAGGAACAGGCUAUAUACAUUUAUCUGCUCUAGGUGUGUAAAUUUUUCGAAGUUUAUUUUAGACUCUUUAAAGAGGAGUGACACUUCACCCUAACGUGUGUAGAGGUACACAAUUUAUUUAAAUAAAAGAAAGAAAAUUUUAUU